AAUUACAUUUCGCUUUAGUAACAAUAACAAUCGGCCACAUGUUGACAUGAAUAAAGAGUCACGUUCAAAGAUUCUCGGUUUUCUGUAACCUCGUGAAAAUUCUAACCUCAUAAUCAUACGUCGCGCUGUCUCAAUCGUAGCAGACAGCGUUCUCAUUUAGAACCAAUAAAGAUGAAGUUGACAUCGAUAUUGCUUCGCAAUGUCAACCAAAGUGAAAAAAAAGUGCCACUCAAGGCGAUGACGCCGAUGGUACUGAAGAAUUAUGUAACCAGAAGCAAUCGGAAAGUAGCAGAAAGUGGGUGUUUGUAUGAAGUAUCCUUGCUCCUAUCAUGCCUCGAAGAAAACGAAAAUGAGAACAAAAAUUGUAUACCACAAUUUAACGCACUACAUGCGUGCUAUGAGAAUUAUUCCUGGAAAAUGAAGGAACAUAAAAUUCAAUCUGGGAAUAUAAUACCUACACCUAAUAGUAAGAAUCAGACAUCUGCUCAAAUUGGAUACCUCUUUCGAAAGUAUAAAACACCAUAGUAUUUUUCUUAUUAAGACAUUUGUGUAUCUAGUGCCAGACUAUAUACAAAUAUAUAUACAAUUAUGUAUUUGCAUAUAGUAUCAGACUGUAUGAGAAUAUAUAAAAUAUGUGAAGUUAGGGAAUUAUAAAUUUAAUAUAAAUGCAUACUAAAGAUUCUCAUAAAUAUUUACUAUUAUAAUUGUGUCACCUCCUCAUUUUCAUCAUACACUUGUAUAACAAGUAGUUAUCUUUUAUUAUUUUUUAAUUAUAAUUAUUCAGUGUUUACAAUGUCUGUGACAUUGUCUCAUUGAUCAGAAACAGUAUGUAACCGCUUCAGUGCGAGUCGUUUUGAGUAACCUGAAUGUAAAAUAGCUGAUUAUGCCAUUUUGAUCAAAAGCAAUAAAAACAUUUACCAGAUACUUACGAA